GCCAUAUUAGCGAGUGGGACGUGCAGCGCCAGGCGGAAGGAGGAGCUCCAGAGGCAGACACCCGCUUGGGGGCUGCCCGAACACCGCUUAAUCAUUCAGCAUAGCUGUUGACUUAAAGGGCCGUGGUUUGGAGUCGCGUUUGGUGUGGGAUCUGGCCGUUUGGUUAUGAAAGGAAUGCCCCAAGCCUGCGCCGCUGCCGCCAUGCAGGAGACUUUCGGCUGCGCCGUCACCAACCGCUUCAACCACCUGCUGGACGAUGAGUCGGACCCGUUCGAUAUCCUGCGGGAGGCCGAGGAGAAGAAGCAGCGGAAGAAGAAGGAGGAGGGAGGCGGCGGCCGAAGGAGUAGGGCUGGAGCUGGAGGAAGAGCCGCUGGCUCUUCACCUUCCUCCGGCGGCCCGGCUUCGGCUGCGGGGCCGGGGGCCUCCGCCGGUGCGGCUAAAUCCGGCAGAAGGGAGUCGCAGAAGGCUCGGAAAAUCCCUGCGGGCAGCGAGGCCGGCUUCGGCUCCGCGGCUUCGACCGCCGGGGGUGGCGGUGGCAUCAGGCUUGGCGGCGGUGAGAACGUGUCGGUGGGCGGCGGACAGCGACGAGAAGGGCCGAAGAGAGGCCCAAAAAGGGCUGAAAUCAGAGGACAGAAUGAAAACCAGGAUAUUGAGAGGAAAACGGAAAGAUCGGAACGGCGGGUUGUAUUCCGAGAACGUCGUCCUAAUGACACAGAAGGAACAACUGAAUUUUCAUUUGAAGUACCAAUUGACAGGAUGGACAGGUCUUCAAUGAGAGGGCGAGGUGGAAGAGGGCGUGGCCGUGGAAGAGGUGGCUAUCCCAGGAGCAUUAAUGGAUUUGAUCCAAGAGGAAGACGAGAGUUUGAAAGACACAGUGGAAAUGACAAAGUGGGAAUGAAACCAGAGGACAAAAGGGGUGGAAGUGGAUCUCGAAACUGGGGAACAAUCAGAGAUGAUCCAAGGGAGUCUGAGGCUACUCCAGCGGAAGAAAUGACUGAAAUGGAGGAACCUCAAGAAGUGCACGAAGGAGAUGUGGAAAACAAAGUGAAUGAAGAACAUGAUACAAUAGUGGAUGACGGUCCCCAUGAAAUGACUCUGGAUGAAUGGAAAGCACUUCAAGAACAGACUCGCUCGAAGAAGGAAUUCAACAUACGUAAACCUGAUUCCAGUGUUUUGUCAAAGGCAGUUGUGAUCCAUAAGUCUAGAUAUGAAUGCGAUGAACAGAAGGAAGAAUCUGAUGAUGAGGAUCACCAUUACUUUAGAAGAUCAGUAAAUGACAUCACCUCUAAGCUGGACAUUAACUUUGGCAGUCUUACACGCCCUGGACGAGGACGGGGUGGUGCUAGAGGUCGCGGAAGAGGCAAACGAGUAACUGAAACCAGGCCGGAAGUACCAGCUGCAGAAAUGAUUCAGAUCAGUGCUCCCAAUCCUGAUGACCCAGAGGAUUUCCCAGCUCUUGCUUGAAGCAGUAUUGAAGUGUAGUAGCUGGCAUCGGUUUGAAGAAAAUAGUUUCGGCACAUCAAGAUGAGAGGCGCUUUGCUUCAGUCGCAACACUGACUACAAGAAGUGGUACUUUAGCUCACGAUUUGUGAGUUAGACUUUCUGUUCACUACUGGGUGUGAAUAGAUCUUGUUCAGUGUUUGUGAUGAAAGAUGGAUGGAGUGACAUUACUACUGAGUUUUCAGCACCUUCCUUUGUGCUUCAAUUGUGUAAUAUUGGCAAAUAUCUUAAACUGCUGAAGAGGUAUAUUUGAUGUUUAAAAUGCUAUAUAUUAAAAAAUAUUGAAUGGUUUGCUUGAAUUGUAAUGGUUUCCUGAAAAAGCACACGGGUAAGAGAAUGCAGCCUUUAUUCUGACAAGAUGAUGCUACCAUUUGGUUAACUGUAAAUUUUGAACUAUUGCAGGCAUGUUACAGAAAUGGCCUACUUUGGUGCCUACCCAGUAGAAGUAGCUGCAUUUGCAUCCUUGAAGUCAUUUUGAACACUGUGCACAUGUCCUUGAACUUGAAAAGUUGCUUAUUAGAUCACAUUUAAAACAAAAACAAAACCAAAAAAAAGCUUUGAUUUUUAUUUAUCCCUAGUGUCAGUUUUUGGAAGCUGAAUGUUACAUUUGUUGAGUUUGAACUAACUUAUGUAAAGGGAAAGAUGGCAUAACUUGCCUUUUUGGGAAAUGAUUGUGGAAAUUUGAUGGAUUAAAUGCAGAUUUGUUGAAAAGCUAUUUUUUCCUUGAAUAUUUCAUCCUGUAGCAAAAAAAGUAAAGAUUGUACAUUUUAUGUUGUA